AUGCCUGGCCUUCGACUUGGAUCCAUUGCGCCCAACUUUACCGCCGAGACGACGCACGGCGUGCUCAACUUCCACGAGUACCUCGGUGAUUCGUGGGGAAUCCUUUUCUCGCACCCGGACGACUUUACGCCCGUUUGCACCACGGAGCUCGGCGAGGUGGCACGCAAGGAGGCCGACUUCAAGGCGCGCGGUGUCAAGGUCAUCGGUCUGUCCGCUAACGACGUCCAGUCGCACGAUGCGUGGAUCAAGGACAUCAACGAGGUAGGAAAGACGUCGGUCAACUUCCCCAUCAUCGGCGAUAAGGAUCGUAAGGUCUCGACCGAGUACGACAUGCUCGAUGCCUUGGACCCCACCAACGUCGAUGCCAAGGGCAUCCCCUUCACCGUCCGAGACGUCUUUGUCAUUGACCCCAAGAAGGUCAUCCGCCUCAAGAUCAGCUACCCCGCCUCGACGGGACGCCACUUCGACGAGAUCCUUCGUGUCAUCGACUCCCUGCAGAUCGGCGACAAGUACCGUGUGACCACCCCCGUCAACUGGCAAAAGGGCGACAAGGUCAUCGUUCACCCCAGCGUCCAGGGCGCCGAGGCCGAAAAGCUCUUCCCCGGCUACGAAACCGUUAAGCCCUACCUCCGAUUCACUAAGGACCCCUCCGCCUCGUCCGCCUAA